GAUGGUUAUUUCGAUUUCGCUCAUCCAAUAAAGAUUUCUGGUAAACAAUCUUUUAUCAUAGGAUGGAAUUUGGGCAACAACCAACCUAUUAUUAGAAAACUUCGACAUUCUGAUGAUAUUUCUACCACUAUACAACACUUCAUUCCUUUACUAAAUCAACAACAAAAGACUCUCUUAAAAGAAUGCAAAGGAUAUUCGAUUCAUAACCCACAUACGAUCUUACCUCCAACCGUUCAUACUUCACAUAAUUUAUGUUUUACUAACAUUCCA